ACAUUUUCCCUGGUUACCCUGCUAAUUUGCUCACAAGCCUCCUCUUGUAAAUAGAGAGUACAAAGGCUCCUUUGCACGCGUGCCUGACAGCGAAUUCCGACUGCCCGGGAGAGGCCACAGAGGGAGCACGGCAGAGCCCAGGGGGCAUCCAGUCUUUCAGACGUUAUGGGCAUGGCCUUGAGAAAAGGUGCGGGCCACAGCUGUGGGCAGAAAUACCUCCGGGGCCUCCCGGUUGACGCUCAAGCACAGGCGGCCAUGGGCUCCGUGGGCAGCCAGCGCCUCAAGGAGCCCAGCAUGGCAGGCACGCCGGACAGGAGCGUGAUGACGAGCUUCAGCUUUGACAGCUGCCAGCUGGAGGAGGAGGUGGUGGCAACAAGGACAGCUCCAGGCCAGGGUGGUAGGGCCAGGGGCGCCCCAAUUUUCACGGACUGUGCGGAGGAGCCAGUGCCUGAUGACCGCUACCACGCCAUCUACUUUGCGAUGCUACUGGCCGGCGUGGGCUUCUUGCUGCCGUACAACAGCUUCAUCACCGACGUGGACUACCUGCAUCACAAGUUCCCAGGGACCUCAAUUGUGUUCGACAUGAGCCUCACGUACAUCCUGGUGGCACUGGUGGCUGUGCUCCUGAACAAUGCGCUGGUGGAGAGGUUGAGCCUGCAUACCAGGAUCACCACAGGCUACCUCUUGGCCUUGGGCCCCCUCCUGUUUAUCAGCAUCUGUGACGUGUGGCUGCAGCUCUUCUCUCGGGACCAGGCUUACGCCAUCAACCUGGUUGCUGUGAGCACCGUGGCCUUUGGCUGCACAGUGCAGCAAUCCAGCUUCUAUGGGUACACGGGGAUGCUGCCCAAGAGGUACACCCAGGGGGUAAUGACUGGGGAGAGCACGGCGGGCGUGAUGGUCUCCCUGAGCCGCAUCCUCACCAAGCUGCUGCUGCCCGACGAGCACGCCAGCACCCUCAUCUUCUUCCUGGUCUCCGCCGGCCUCGAGCUGCUCUGCUUCCUGCUCCACCUGCUGGUGCGGCGGAGCCGCUUCGUGCUCUACCACACCGUGCGGCCGCGCGACAGCCGCCCCGGACACAGGGCCGGCUACUGUGUGCACCACGACGUGGCCGCCGGGGACGUCCACUUCGAGAACCAAGGCCCAGCCCUGGCCAACAGUGGGUCCCCAAAGGACAGCCCAGCCCACGAGGUGGUCAUCGGUGGCCGGGGAGCCUACACGCGCUUUGAUGUGCCUCAGCCACGAGUCAGGCGGAGCUGGCCCUCUUUCAGAGCCCUGCUGCUGCACCGCUACGUGGUGGCCCGUGUCAUCUGGGCUGAUAUGCUGUCCAUCGCUGUGACCUACUUCAUCACGCUGUGCCUGUUCCCGGGUCUCGAGUCUGAGAUCCGCCACUGUGUCCUGGGCGAGUGGCUGCCCAUUCUCAUCAUGGCUGUGUUCAACCUCUCUGACUUCGUGGGCAAGAUCCUGGCGGCCCUGCCCAUGGACUGGCGGGGCACGCACCUGCUGGCCUGCUCCUGCCUGCGAGUGGUCUUCAUCCCCCUCUUCAUCCUGUGCGUCUACCCCAGCGGGAUGCCUGCCCUCCGCCACCCGGCCUGGCCCUGCGUCUUUUCCCUGCUCAUGGGCAUCAGCAAUGGCUACUUCGGCAGUGUGCCCAUGAUCCUGGCAGCUGGCAAAGUGGGCCCCAAGCAGCGGGAGCUGGCAGGGAACACCAUGACUGUGUCCUACAUGACAGGGCUGACACUGGGCUCCGCCGUGGCCUACUGCACCUACAGCCUCACCCGGGACGCCCACAGCAGCUGCUUCCACACCUCCACCACCAACACUUCCUUCUCCGCCGGCCUCUAAGCCAGCUGGGCCCGGCCUGCCCAGGAAGGGCUGCUGAGGCCCACACCAGGGACCCCCCAGGCCUGAGGCCCCCUCCCCGCCCCUGCCUGCAGUGCCUGUGGGGCCCUGGCCUCCUCCCCAUGUCAAUAACACCACCCUCUCUAGGUCCAACCGCCCGUCACUGCGGCCCCAGGGUUCUGCCAAGUUCUUGGAAGCCUGGGACGUGCUGCUGCCACCCGGGGCUCCGCCCAGCACUGUGCUCCUUGUCCUGUCUCACACCUUUCCCUCGCCCUCCAUCUGUGUCCAGUGGUCCCAGCUCUAGCCAGGCCAGUGCUCUGUGAGGUCACUCACAGCCAUCCCCACCCAAGAGAGCAGACCAGCCAGUGUCCCUUCUAGCGACCCCCAUCCCCAGGUCAGCUUGGAAGGUCCCAUGGCCCCAAUCACACUGCCCACGGCACCUGACCCAGCCCCUCCUUAUAAAACCUCAGAGGCCCUCAGAGGAGAGGGCCAGUCCCCAGCCUUGUUACCCAUAGGCCUCUCUCCCCCUCCCCCCAGCCUUAAACCCUGGUUCUCCCAAACAAAACACAUUUGCUCUGGAGGUAUUGUAGCCCAGGUCUGAAUGGCGUCAGACCAGUCUGUGCUGGCAUGGGUAUACCCACCCCAUGCCCGGACCCCUCACGUACCCUGGCACCCACCUGAUGCCACAGGCCUGGGGAUCCGUGCCUGACCCAGGACCGCCGUCAGCUUUCUGGCUUCUCUGCCUGUCUGUGAUACAGGAAGAGGAGUUUGCAGCCCCCACAACCCUGAUUGAAGUCAGCUCUUGGCCGAUGUCUUGAUCCCCAUCCAGCAAGGCCCAAGGAGGGGACUGAGUCCCUGACAAGUAGGGGUAGGGGUCUCACCCCGGUCUGGACCCUCCAGUGCUCCAGGUUGGCCGAGCUGAGAGGAUCCUGGAGCGUCCUGCCAAAGAUGGGCUUUUCCAGGGGAGGCUGGCCGGCCCUUCCACACCCAGCACAGCUGUGACUGCCCCUCCCGUGUCCUGUCCACGCGUCUGUCCACUAACUGUACCGCACUGGCCAUUAAAAGAUGAA